UGCCAGCAACCUGCAUUAAAGAACAACCAGCAGCUGCUGUGGUUUGAGUCCCUUCUUCAACUGAACACAAUGCAGAACACAUCAAGGUUAAUGGUCAGUAUAAGUCUAGGCGAUCAGUAAAGGACAUUAAUAGUACACACCGGUUACAUAAAUGUGUCUGACAAGUCUGCAAAAUAAAGAACUGUAACCACAACAAAACGCUUGAACUACAAGUUGCUAAUUACACUGGUGUAGAUUUCAGCUGUGCUCAUGAUUUUACAUUAUGUGGCCUAUUUGCGUAGAAAAUGUUUGGAUUUACCUGUAGAGGGCAACAACCGCAGUGGCGUUGCCACGUCAUUUAAUCAGAAGAAAGCACUUUCUGACGUCAAGACGUACGGUUUGAGCAUGCUUACUACGCCCGAACAUAAACAAAGGCAAGACGUUUCUCCGCAUUCAAAUCUGACCCAGCUUCAAUUUUAUAUUCCAACAAAUCCGAAAACUUGAAAAGCUUUUUAGGGCUGGAACCAUGGAAAACCCCUUGCUGAUGCGAGUUAGUGUCUUUACUGACCAAGGAGGCAGGAAAUACAUGGAAGACGUGACCGAGGUCAUAGUGGAGCCCGAGCCGGGGGAAGAUGAGCCGACGCCGGGCGAGCAGGAGGCGGGUAAUGGGGGAGCUUUUAGCGUUAGCUCUACAGCUGUGGAUUCACAUCCAGACAUUAAAGAUGGAAAAGCGGAGACUGAGCAGCUUACAGAAUCAUCAAGUGAACGAGUUCGAACUGAAGAAAAACACAUUUUUGAGGAAACCAUUUCACCGGGAAGCGAGUGUCCACCUCGAGAUCAACCCAGUAACUCCAGCCGCUCCCGCCGUUCCGUGGCGUUCUUCGCGGUGUUCGAUGGCCACGGGGGUAGCGAGGCUGCGCAGUUUGCGCGAGACUGUUUAUGGGAAUACAUAAAGAAACAACGCGGGUUCUGGUCUGACUGUGACCGGGAGGUCUGCUCGGCUAUACGCAAAGGAUUUGUAGCCUGCCACCAUGCUAUGUGGAAGAAGCUACCUGAAUGGCCAAAAACUCUCACAGGGCUUCCUAGUACAUCAGGCACCACAGCCAGUGUUGUAGUGCUCAGAGGAAACCGCAUGUAUGUGGCUCAUGUUGGAGAUUCAGCCAUAGUUCUGGGUGUCCAGGAUGAUCCUUCAGUCCCAUUCAUCAAAGCUGUCGAAGUGACCCAGGACCACAAGCCUGAAUUACCCAAAGAGAGAGAACGUAUUGAAGGUCUUGGAGGAAGUGUGAUCAAGAAGUCAGGAGUGAACCGUGUGGUCUGGAAGAGGCCCAGACUAAGUCACAAUGGUCCAGUUCGUCGGAGCACCGUUAUUGACCAGAUACCUUUCUUGGCUGUUGCUCGAGCUUUAGGUGAUUUGUGGAGUUAUGACUUCUACAGCGGAGAGUUUGUGGUUUCUCCUGAGCCAGACACCAGCGUUGUUAUUCUUGACCCUCGAAAGCACCGCUACAUCGUCCUGGGGAGUGAUGGUCUUUGGAAUAUGGUGCCACCUCAAGAGGCCAUCUCCAUGUGUCAGAAGAACGAUGAGGAAAUGGUACCAUCUGGCAUUUCAAGUGCCAGGCAGCUUGUGAGCCAUUCGUUGCUGCGGUGGCGCCAGCGCAUGUUGCGUGCUGACAACACCAGCGCUAUUGUGAUUGCCCUGCUGGAAACUGGGGGCUCCAAAGAAACAUUCCACAAUGAAGAGGUGCUACUGGACCUGGCCAAAGUGUCCCAGUGUCCUCCUACAUCUAUAUCUCGUGCAGACACUCCGCUCCUACAGCAGCAACCUCCAGAUGAAGACUCUACCUCUGCCAUGUCUGAGCUGCUCCCUGCUCUGGAGCGACGGGAUGGACUAUCUGGAAGCAACAGUUUCUACCACAUGACUCUGUCGGACCCUUUUAGUCUGUCACCUCUGUGUUCAAACAGCACCAUGGACUCGCCCAGUCACUCCAGUCUAGCUGACAGAACAGUAAGCGGGAAGACAUCCAUCAAAAGAACUCUGAAUGGAUCCCCUUCGUCAGGCCUUUUGACAAAGAAGGCUAAACGCAGAACUGACAGGCCUCCGCUGGUCCAGCACAACACUGAGGAGAAACAGAAGGAAUCUGUCUCUCCCAUUCUACAGCAGCAUAACAAGACCACAGUGUGUGUCUGCUGAAAACACACACCAGCUGUUAUCUUUGUCUCCCAUGGCUUCCUGUUUGGGAUGAUUGCAUCUCUGACAUGGUCACAGAGCAACCUUGGUUAAAGGUUGGGCUAAAUGUUUAAUCAAAUCCCACUUAAAACGUUUCCUCAUCUGAUUUUUUUGCUUUUGAUUCCCAAAAUGCAGGUGAAGCAGUAUCGAUGCUGAGGGAGGGGAACGCUUGUAUCAGAAUGUUGGGCUGCAGCCAGUUUACCAUAAACAUUAUUGGCCUUACUGUGGUGGAGAACCUAUGUUGGUUCCUAAUAAUACAAAUUAUUUUCUUCACCUUCAGUGUUUGGUAUAUUGUGGAAAAGUCACUUAUUAAAAUAUGAAUUGAAGAAAAUUUAUUUUAAUUUGAAGUACACCCAUUAGAUCUUCUAAAUACUGCAUAUUCAAAUGUAAAGUGGGGCUUAUGCUACCACAAUGUGUGGUAAUAAGUGGAAGAACUGGGUAUGCAUAAUGUUACUGGUGUAAAUAUUAUGAAUUUUAUAGCUGAGUAUUUAAGUAUGUGGAACUGUAUGCAAAAUGAAUCUAUUUUUAUACAUUAUUUUAUUGUGUGACAGAACAUGAAAAUUCCUUCUAGAUGUGCACCCCACAGCUUCCAUGUUAAAUGGACCUUGAGUUUUGACAUGUAUUUUAUUUAAUCACUGAGUACUUAUCUUGAAUCUAAACAGAAGGUGCUACUACAGUAAACAAAUCAGUAAGCUAGUACUCUGUAUAUUUAUAUGAAUCGUCAGUGUGAGACAAUGUUUGAUUUUCUUAUACAUGUUAAACCCUUGAUAAAUAUUGCAUCAUUUAGGAAUCCUAUUCCCUCAUAUAUUUUAUAGUUGUAUUUUUAGUAACACUUUUCAACUGUUUGGUGUGUUUAUUCUAGACAUUUGCCCGUUCUCCAAAACUGUCUUCUGUCUCUCUGCAUUUGCAGAUGUUGGCAAUUCUGUCUUAACAGAUUUUUAAGACGGAUCUGUUUUUGUAGCUGCACUAAAAGAAAUUUAGAGUGAUUUCAUGAGUCUCAUGAAAUCAGUGGAUUCUGUCUACGAGAAUCUGUAGAAUCAGUGUGUGCAAUAUUUACGUCACUAAGAACUGUUUGGAAUACAACCAGUUUGACUUUAUUUCAAGUGUCAUAAAUUUCCAUUUUUCUCACU